UAUUCUGAAAUUCUGUGGGCGCCGGCCGGUCCUAGGCAUCCCUCAUCAAAGUGCUCAUCCCUCAUCCAGGGAUUUCUCUGAGCAUCACGGUCGAGUGCAGAAUGGCGGGGCAGCUUCGGCUUACGUCAGGGAAGGAUGAAGAUCAUUUUCAACAUCAGGGAGCGGUGGAGCUGCUCGCGUUUAAUUUUUUGCUCAUCCUUACCAUUUUAACCAUCUGGUUGUUUAAAAAUCAUCGAUUCCGCUUCUUGCACGAGACUGGAGGCGCGAUGGUGUACGGUGAGUGCAUGACAUUUGACCCCGAAAUCUUCUUCAAUGUUUUGCUGCCUCCCAUUAUAUUUCAUGCAGGAUACAGUCUGAAGAAGAGACACUUUUUUCAAAACUUGGGAUCCAUUUUAACGUAUGCCUUCUUGGGAACAGCCAUCUCCUGUGUGGUCAUAGGGUUAAUUAUGUAUGGCUUUGUGAAGGCCAUGGUGUAUGCUGGCCAGCUGAAGAGCGGAGACUUCCAUUUCACUGACUGUUUAUUUUUUGGUUCACUGAUGUCUGCUACAGAUCCCGUGACGGUGUUGGCCAUUUUCCACGAACUACAUGUGGACCCUGACCUGUACACACUGCUGUUCGGGGAGAGUGUGCUGAACGAUGCGGUGGCCAUAGUCCUCACAUACUCCAUAUCCAUCUACAGUCCCAAGGAGAAUCCCAAUGCCUUUGACACCGCAGCGUUCUUCCAGUCUGUGGGCAAUUUCCUAGGGAUCUUCGCCGGCUCCUUUGCCAUGGGCUCUGCCUAUGCAGUUGUCACAGCACUGUUGACCAAAUUUACCAAGCUCCAUGAGUUCCCGAUGCUGGAAACAGGCCUGUUUUUCCUUCUUUCCUGGAGUGCCUUCCUGUCUGCAGAGGCUGCCGGCUUAACAGGCAUAGUCGCUGUCCUCUUCUGUGGAGUCACACAGGCACACUAUACGUACAACAACCUGUCAUCAGAUUCCAAGCUGAGGACGAAACAGCUGUUUGAAUUUAUGAACUUCCUGGCUGAGAAUGUCAUCUUCUGCUACAUGGGCCUGGCUCUGUUCACCUUCCAGAAUCACAUUUUUAAUGCUCUUUUUAUACUUGGAGCCUUUCUAGCGAUUUUUGUUGCCAGAGCCUGCAACAUUUACCCCCUCUCCUUCCUCCUGAAUCUGGGCAGAAAACAGAAGAUUCCCUGGAACUUCCAGCACAUGAUGAUGUUUUCAGGUUUGCGAGGCGCCAUUGCCUUUGCCCUGGCCAUCCGCAACACGGAAUCUCAGCCCAAGCAGAUGAUGUUCACCACCACGCUGCUCCUCGUGUUCUUCACCGUCUGGGUGUUCGGAGGAGGGACCACCCCCAUGCUCACGUGGCUUCAGAUCAGAGUUGGUGUGGACCUGGAUGAAAAUCUGAAGGAAGAGCCCUCCUCACAGCAGGAAGCAAGUAAGUUGGACAAAAACACGACAAAGACGGAGAGUGCACAGCUCUUCAGGAUGUGGUAUGGAUUUGACCACAAAUAUCUGAAGCCCAUCUUAACGCAUUCAGGUCCUCCACUGACCACCACAUUACCGGCAUGGUGUGGCCCCGUCUCUAGGCUGCUCACCAGUCCUCAGGCCUAUGGGGAGCAAGUGAAAGACGAUGAUGUGGAAUGUAUUGUAAACCAAGAUGAACUCGCCAUGAACUACCAGGAGCAAAGCCCCUCGCCCAGCAGUCCUGCCACUAAGCUCGCUCUGGACCAGAAGUCUUCACUCCAGACCCCAGGCAAGGAAAACAUCUAUGAGGGAGACCUCGGCCUGGGAGGCUAUGGACUCAAACUUGAGCAGACUCGGGGUCAACCCCAGAUGGACUAAUUGGUACAAUGAGUGCAGAUGUAGUCACUGGGUAAUGCAAAACCACUGAGGAAUGCCAACAGCCAAGGAGGUGGUGCAGAGAGAGAGACGCACAAAGGGUAUUAAGAACAGAAAUUGGACUGAAUCAAAACCUUGUCACUUGUAUCCUCCCGUGCCUUCAGAAAUGAGAAUUCAUUACCUUCCCUCCAUAUUAUGCAACCUCAUUUAAUUAUCUGACAGCCAUUUUUUACUGCUGGAUUGGGGGCCAGGGGAAUCAGGUCUAGCUGCUAUUGGGAUGAACCAUAUGCGCUGGGCCUGCAGGGGGCUCCUCCUGUUCCUCAGACAGCUCCCCAGGCCCUUCGUGUGGAUUUUGGAUUCUCUUCCAUUAAUUAUGGAACAUUAAUAACAUGGAAAAAAUACUCCUGAGCAUAAGCGAUAAGGCUUAUCUCUUAGGACUUGACUUGUUCUACUUGACUGUAGGGCUGGCUACAUACAGAGCCCAGUGAGUGUGCAGUGCCCACUAUUGAUGGCCUCAGAGAAAUCAGGAGUCGGGAGCCCUGUUGUCCUUGCUGGCACUCUCCCCAUACUGUUCCUCCCCCUCCUCCAAGGUGUGUCUGUGUUAAGUGGAGGGCCUCUAGCCAGUUUAAGGGGACUCUUUCGGGGGGGGGAAAGCUGGUUUCUUUCCCACAUUCUCCGUUUCACUCAAAUGCUGAGCCUCCUUUCCUUGUGUGCACAGGAACAACUUCCUGACACAGAUUCCCUCUGCAUGCUGGGAAGUCAUAUUUUGCAGCAUGCCCUUUCCACAUGGAGGAGAUUGUGCAAGAGCCCUGACCUUUUCCAAUUCCAAUAUUUGGUGACUGAUUGGCAACAGAGAAGCCAGAAGAGUAGGGAUGGUGGCAUUUAGGCCACACUGAGGCACCAAGGACAAGCACCAAUCAGGACCCACCCCCUUCCCAGCGUGGCUCAUGACUGCAUUGAAAAAACCAACACAAUAGCUUUUAAUUCAGCUGCAUGACCUGUGCCUUUGAAGCCAUAAGAUACCUCAAGCCUAGUUUCUCUUGAAAUGCAGAUGUUACUGUUAGGCUCCAAAGAACAGGCUUCACACUUGGGAGCCUAAGACAGGAAGGAUUUGCUUUUGAGGGUGACAGAGAAUGGGUUCUUUCUCAGGCCCAAAGCCUAAAACAAAUGCAUGCUUCGCUGAGCACUUCUUAGGCCUUAGACUUGUGGUGUCAGGUAUACUGCUCUGCAUGUCAGUUUUCUUGCUUCCAAAUACUGCGGGGAACUUUUAUAUUCGACUAAGUAAAACCUUGUCAUUUCAGGUAAAUAUGGCAAGUAGAGGAGUUUUCUAAUUUGACCUCAUCCUAAUAAAGUUUUGUUAUGGUGUA